UCGCCACACGGAACCGGACUCACGUUGCACAAAUGUGUCAAGCGCUCCGGAAUACUGGGCAACUUAGCUUCGUAACUGGGAUUUAAUUAAACACAGUUUCUUUACAACCAGACGAUUCAUUCACAUGAAAAUUAACUGAAGAGGAGACACGCGUGCUGUGUAAAAGGACAACCCUGCCUCGCCAGCGUUCCGCACGGACGGAAGCACCCAUCUGACAUCCCCACAUGGACGCCAUCGCCGAGCACAUGAAGACCUCUGCCGACGAAUGCGAUUGGAUAAAUUCCUACUGAUGUGCGACCAAAACGAAGAGAUGCCCGGUGGCGACAGCGGCCUAGAAGGGGAGGAGCCUGCGUUGACAGGAGAAGAGAGGAGGAUGUCACCGGGGCUACAGAACCGAGGCGCUCAGUCCGAAUGUGUCAGGGGCGAGGAGAAGGAGGAUGAGGAGAUGACGAGCGGGUCACAUGACCUCUCCUCCUCAGACAAUCACAGCCCUGGCAGCGCCACCGGAUCCACAUCCACCUCCACGAAGAGCAGCGUGAACGCAGACGAGGGCAAAGGUCAGACCCACAAAGAGUUGAUGUACACCGUGUCUGAAAUGAAGAAGAGGCUCCCAUCCGACAAACGCAGCCGCAGCAAAGCCAGCACUGUAGAGGCCUUACAUUAUGCCCUCAAGUGUGUUAAGCAAGUCCAAGCCAACAGCGAGUAUUACAAACUGCUGAUGCGAAACGGCCAGGACGAGAGGAGAGACGCCACCGUUUGCACUCCUGAAGAGUUGGAGAGAGUCACGUCCGAGCACAACCUCAAGAACACGGACUCUUUCGUGGUGGUGUUCUCCCUGUCCAGUGGCCGUGUCUUGCAUGCGUCCGAGCAUGCUCCCAUCAUCCUGUGCUGCAAGAGGAAGUUCCUCGAGUCUGCCAAGUUUGUGGAGCUGCUCUUCCACCAAGAUGUGAAUGUUUUCUACUCGCACACAGCACAGCCGCAUCUGCCGCCCUGGACGAACUCGCACACAGCGGGGGUUCUAUUUGACUGUGCCCAGGUCAAGUCUUUCUUCUGCAGAAUCAGGGGUGGGAAGGACCGCGAGGGCGAGAUGCGCUACAAUCCCUUUCGAAUCACACCCUACUUGCUCAAAGUGCAGGGAACAGGAAGCAGCGGGGAAGAGGAAGAGCCGUGCUGCUUGGCACUGGCUGAACGCAUCAUUUCGGGAUACGAGGCACCUCGAAUCCCCAUGGACAAGCGCAUCUUCACGACCACCCACUCGCCCGGCUGUGUGUUUCUGGAAGUGGACGACAGGGCCGUACCACUGCUUGGAUACCUCCCUCAAGAUCUGAUUGGCACGUCUUUGCUAACGAGCAUCCACCCCGAGGACCGUCCGCUUAUGCUGUCAAUGCACAGAAAGGUUUUAAAGUAUGCAGGACAGCCACCGUUCGAGCACUCGCCGGUGCGUAUGCGCUGCCAGAAUGGUGACUACAUCACGUUGGACACCAGCUGGUCCAGCUUCAUCAACCCUUGGAGCCGCAAGGUGGCCUUCAUCAUAGGACGGCAUAAAGUCAGAACGAGUCCACUAAAUGAGGACGUGUUUGCUGCUCACAAUAAAGCUGAUGUACCUGUCACUCAUGAAGAAAUCAAAGAUUUACAAGCCAAGAUCCAUAAGCUCUUCUUGCAGCCUGUCCACAACAACGGUUCCAGCGGUUACGGCAGUUUAGGAAGUAACGGUUCCCACGAGCAUUACAUCAGCGUGGCCUCGUCCAGCGACAGCAAUGGGAACUUGUGGGAGGACACACACCGGGAACCUAUGACUCUUCAGCAAAUCUGCGCUGAUGUCAACAGAGUCAAGAACUGGGGGAAGCAGGCGUAUUUUGAGUCCGGUCGCAAAAUUGCCCUGCUCGGUAAACCGGCUCCGGCGCACUUGCCUCCGGUUUUCUCCGGCCCGGAAGUUCGAGAUCCCGAGGAAAGCAGAAAGCAAACGCACAUUCCCUCUUACCAGCAGAUCAACUGUGUGGACAACAUCAUUAGGUAUUUGGAGAGUUGUACAGGCCCGGCCCUGAAGCGGAAAAGUGAAUCUCACUCCCUCGCCACCUCUUCUUCCUCAUCCUCUACCUCCGAAGAUGACAAGCCCGCUGGAGCCAACGGCACAGCUCAGGCUACUUCAGACGUAGUGGUGCUGGACAGCGAGGUGUCAGUUGGCCCGAGCACAGCAGCGGUCGUUGGAGCGCCUCUGACCGACAUCACAAUGUCCACUAAGGCAAUGAGCGUGGUGUCCGUCACUAGUCAGUGUUCGUACAGCAGCACCAUAGUCCAUGUGCCUCAGCCAGAGUCAGAGGUCACAGCACUGGAGGACGUACCAAUGGGAAGUGAUCCCACUGAUCCCGGUCCAACCCCUGUCCGCCCGGCUCCGAGCCCCGCCGCCGAGGAGAGAAGGCUUGUUGGUCUCACCAAGGAGGUGCUGUCAGCUCACACGCAGAAGGAGGAGCAGGAGUAUGUGGAUCGAUUUCGCAAUCGCAUCCUGCAGAGCCCCUACAGCUUCUAUCUGCAGCUGGACAACAGCUCCAUGGCCCACUCCCACCACAGAGGUGAAUACCCGCGUCCAAUUAGCGGCGGGUUGAGCCGCUCUCGAAGGGGAAAGCCCAGACUUAAGCGCCCCAAGCCCCAAGGCUCCUCGGACAGCUACACCUCCCCAGCCGGACCCCCUCGUCGUGUCCCAGAGUCCUCCUGGCCCUCCUCGGAAUCCUCCCAGCCCCAGAUGGCAGCGCACUACACUCAAGCAUCCCCUCUUCAAGCGCCAUUCAUUCCCAUGAUGGCGACCCAGCCGGCCCCCGAGCAACCACCCAGACCACAGCAGCUGCCCGGGCCCCCUCCGAUUGCGGUGCAGGCCCCUGAUCAAAACCAGCUCAGCUACAACUUCAGCUUCAUGCAGCAAACCCAGAACAUCCCCGGCAUGCAACCCGUGCAGAUGGAAUCCAUCCAGAAUCCACACAACAUCUCCCAUUUUCACUGCAUGCAGCCCAUGGCUCAAGCCCAGAGCGUCAACUCUUUCAUGACGCCGGUCAUGGCCGUCAUCCUGCCCAACUACCCAACUUUCACUUCAGGCUACCCAUCCGUUUACCCGCCCUCCAACGUCUCCAUGCUGCCCCAGGCGCACAUCACCAUGGCAGGGUUCGCCCCCGCAGCCUCCUUCCCGCAGCCUCAAUUCCAAGCCCAGCCCGUCCCUCAACACCAGGCGUCCCCUGGGCCCCUGCUGGGUUCACCCAGAGCCUGCUCUUCUGGCGGCGAGGAGGAGGAAGCUGCCGACCCGCGCGCUCUGUUCUCCAGCUCCCGCUCGAGUUCUCCUCUCCAGCUAAACCUUCUGCAGGAGGAGCUGCCCAAACCGAGCGAAGGGCAGAGCAGCAGCGGGCAUAAUCAUGCUGAAAGCCUUCAUGAGCAUCGAAACAACAAGGGUGACGCCCCGAGUGAGUCUGGGAACCACGAUGCUCAGUCCACAUCCAGUGAGCUGCUUGACCUGCUACUACAAGAAGACGCUCGGUCGGGGACGGGCUCCAAUGCCUCCGGGUCAGGGUCGGGAGAGUCGGGGGGCUCGCUGGGAUCAGGCUCUGGAUCCGGUUCCAAUGGAACCUCUACCUCACACACCGGCAGCAGCAACAGCAGCAAGUACUUUGCCAGCAACGAUUCAUCAGACACGUCACGCAAAGCCAGGAAAAGCCAGGAAGCACCGGCGGAGCACCAACGCAGCUUCGACACGCAGGUGGAGAACUCGCUGUGGAACAUGAUCCAGCAUACGUCGGAACGUGUCAUGAUGACUUACCAGAUCCACACAAGGGACCAGAACGAGGUGUUGGCUGAGGACCGGGAGAAGCUCCAAGUCCUUCAGCCUCUCCAGCCUUGGUUCAGCCAGGAGCAGCGAGAGGAGCUUGCCGACGUCCAUCCCUGGAUCCAGCAGCACACCAUCCCACAAGAGAUAGACACACAGGGUUGUAUAAGCUGCAACGCCGGCGCUGGAGUGGCACACUCCCCUCCGGCCCCAGACCCCGAUAGCUCAUCCCCUCUGGAGAUCCUCGAGGCAGACUCCCUUGCGGACACCUGAAAGAGCUGCGACCCCUAAACGACCAUCCACCUUGGACAGCUCUCUACCGUGCAUCUUGUCUGAUCAGGCCAGAGGAUUAGGUCUCUGUGUUUUUAGUUUAACUUGCGUUGUAAAAAUAUCCAGGGCUGGACCGGACCCUGGGGGCUGGGGAGCGAGAGCGAUCAGCACUUAAUUUUAUUUUAGUCGUAUUUACUCUCAAAGUCGGCCCUCACUGACCGCUUUCAUUGGACCAUGACUAUUAUACCUCUCUUCAUAUUUUCAUGUUUGUUUUGAAAGUGUACCCCGUGGGACCACUUCAUGCAUAUUGCAAGAGGACCCCAUGGCCGCCACCGCCGCCGCCGCCGCCCCAGGAACAUGAAUGAACACUGUGCACACACAACUGGGCACACUGUAGCUCAAAUGUGACCAAGUCACGGGACGAGAGACCACACGGGCCCGGGUUUAGGCAUUCAGAACAGUCAGUACAGGUUGCACCACCACGACACGCUAUUGGAUGGAGACAUUGCCCGACCCCGAUUUGUGUAUCCAAACACAAACGUUUACGGACCUGGAGUAUCGAUUGUACAGUACAUGUACCACACGGACUCCCUGAUUGGCCUGGUGACACACCAUGGUUAACACAUGCUAUGUUGCUACACAUGGUUUGUAGAAUGUCUGGGACAAAGACGCACAUGCUGCUUUCUGUGAAAAAGGCUCUUAUAAUAUAUGUGGUUCAAUUUCCGCCGCAGUGUCAUUUCAGUUCUCCAUAGGUUGAUUGUCUCCGGUCAUGUUACCUGUCAUGUCUUUUGGGUGCAUCAACAGCAGAUACAAUAUGUGGAUUAUUUGCAAGAAGAAUUUUGACAACCCCUGCUUGCGCUUUUCUCUCUCCAGAUUCCGGACUUUGCUGACUUACACAUACAAUUCCUUUGACUGUCUUAUCUGUGUAUGUAUGAGGGGGGAAUGGUGUAGUCGGAAUAUUGUCGGUGGUCGUGCGUGUGUGUGUGACUGCUGCUUCCUUCCAUACGGUGGCCCAUCUGUGCAGAACACAUGGUUUUCUGAACAGGUUCCGUUUUAGAUGGAAAAUUAUGUAUACUGAAUGUGUGUGUGUGUAUGUAUAUAUACAUACAUGUGUGUAUAUAUGUAUAUAUGUAUAUAUAUAUAUAUAUAUAUAUAUAUGUAUGUGUGUAUGUACAAUAUAUGUAUACACACACACACACACAAUGGGAAAGUGCGUCCAAACUUUUGACUGGUUGUGUGUGUGGAGAUAUAUAUCUAUAUACACACACAUACAUAGUAUGUUAUUUUGUAGGAAAAUAUACACAAAACUUCACAAAAGUGUAUAAAAGCCAUUUGUCUUGAAUUCAGGGACUGUUUGUGACACAAAGGAAUGAAUAAAUGAAAUAUGAUGUC